AACAACCACCAGUAGACAGAAAGUUUAAAAAGAUGGAGCUGGGAAAGGCAAAGCUGCUGAGAACUGGCCUCAAUGCUUUGUAUCAAGCCAUUCACCCUGUGCAUGGAAUUGCCUGGACAGAUGGGAAGCAAGUGAUACUGACUGCUUUAUACUAUCACAAAGGAGAGCUAAAGUUUGGAGACUCAAGUGUUGUCGGUCAAUUUGAACAUGUUCAUGGGCUUUACUGGGGCCCAUGUUGGUCGACAGACACCCCAGCUCUGCUUGCUGUUCAGCAUAAAAAGCAUGUUAGUGUCUGGCAGCUGGGCUACAGCACUGCAGAGAAGAACAAACCCUUGAUUUCCCAGACUUGUGAAAUUGGUGAGCCGUUUCCACUGCUUUCUCAGGGCUGUGUCUGGCAUCCAAAGAAGGAGGUCUUGGCUGUGCUUACGAAAAGAGAUGCUUCAGUCUUGCAUGCUGUUCGUACUGAUAAUACUAGAGUUAAGGCAGAUAUUAAAAGCAGUGGGCUUAUCCACUGUGCUUGCUGGACUAAGGAUGGUAAUCGUUUAGUAGUUGCUAUAGGCAGUGCCCUGCAUUCCUACAUAUGGGAUGAUGCUCAGAAAACUCUAAAUACCUGCUCCUUUUGCCCUGUCUUUGACGUGGGAGGUUAUAUCUGUGCUAUAGAAGCCACACUGGAUUUCCAAAUCGCUGUAGCUACUGAGCUUCCUUUAGACAAUAUCUAUGGUUUGAAUGCAGGCAUUGCAUUUGAUGUGCCACCUGGUACAGAAACUGGUUCUUUAAUCUCACAGUCUGCUCUGGUGCUUGGUGAUGAGGAAUACUCCAUGGACCUGCGAAGAAAGUCCAUAGAUUCAGAUCGAUCAGGUGUUGAUUCAGUUGCUUCUUCUUCAUCAGGUCCUGUGGAUUUAACCCAUAUCCUUGCAAACCACCGUCGGUCUGAUCCCGGUCCUUUCAUCACUCUGAAAUGCAAAGACUCUGCAAUGACAAAUGGUCAAGAUUCUUCUCACUUGAUCUUGGUGACUUUUGAGAGGAAGGUAACCACCACCAGAAAAGUCACCAUCCCAGGUAUUCCGGUUCCUGAUAUAAUGGCUUUUGACCUGAGAGCUCAGAUUGUGGCAGUGGCCUCUAAUACUUCUAACAUUGUUUUAGUGUAUUCAGUAACCUCUUCCUGCAUGCCUCAUAUUCAACAAAUCCAGCUGGAAAAAAAUGAAAGACCAAAGGGCCUAUGUUUUUUGACAGACAAACUCCUAUUGAUCCUGAUUGGCAAGCAGAAGUUCCCUGAGCCUAAUCUCAUUCCAUCUUCAAGUUCAGACAGGUAUGUAAUGCGUCUGAUGAUCAAAGAACUGAUGCUGGAAGAAGAUUCUUCAGCAUUACCAGAGACUAAACAGAAUAUGUUCUAUAACUUUGAAUCCUCUGUUAAUAUUCCUGGAAAAAGAAAGUUCUUUGAGAAUCUUGCUACAGGAGAGCAACCUCAAAGCAGGGAGCUUUUAGUACCAAGAACUACAGUUAUUCAAUCUCCUAGUGGCAGGAGAAGACUCAUUGAAGAAAUAAAGAACCCUAGCUAUGAGCAGGGCUCUUCAUCAAGUGUGAGUGACCUGGAUGUAAAAAGGCUCCCAAGUGACCCCUCAGUGGCCUUGGAAACAUUGGAUGCUGAACCUACCAAUCGUUCAGUGUCUAUUCUCGGUUUUGGAACACCUACCCAGCUUUCCAAUAGACCAGCUUCCCCUAAAGUGCAGCUGAAUGUGAUCCAAGAAGCAUCAAGUUCUCCUAAAAACAACAAUUUUUCAAGUGAAAGAGGAAUGAGUCACAUAUCUAGAAAUUUAGAGAGACUUUGUGGCAGCUUCAGUGAGUUACAACUGAGUCUUUCUGAAAUAAAAGACCUUGCUAAAAAUGGGAGGAGGAUAUCUUUAACCUAUCCAUGCUCCCAGGAACCACCUGUCGUUCACAUCACUUACCAGAAAAGUUUUUCAAAUGGAGCAGUUUCGGAAGAAACAAAAGAUGUUCUCCUCUGUGAUGGCAAGAUCCCUUUGAAUUUAGUCCAGCAGCUGUUUGAUCUGCCUGUUAUUGAAAUGAAGCACGGCUCUUCUUGGAUUGUUCUCACUGCAGACAAGGAUGGCUUUGUGCCAUUAAUAUUCAAAGCAGCACAAGAGAUAAUCAUAAGGGAUGGAACUGACAGUUCAGAAGUCUGCGGAGAUCACUCCUACAAAAAAAGCAUUUCAAGUCGACCACCAAGCAGAGUGACAUAAUUUCUGAACAAAGACAGCUAACGACCUUCUUGUCUACUAUGAUACAGAGACAUUCCGCAGUGUCAGAAACUGAGUGACUAGGAAGCUGUCUUCAAUACUGUCUAUUUUAACUAAAAUCCAUGGCAUGGUUACACUAUAGCUAAAUCCUAGGGUUGGCUGGACCCUCAUGAUUUCUUGUGAAGGAUGAGACCUAGAGUGAAGUUUACCACAGCUGUGGUCACUAAUGGCUGCCAGUGAACUGAAGUAAAGAGACUAGCCUCUACUUUAGUUGUGGUCAGGAUGUUCUUGGAGAAACUAUAUUACGCUAAAAAUCACGCAGGAACAACAAAUCUAGCUAAUACAGGUGCAUGGUCCACACAAAAGCUGAAGAAAAUACAACUAAAGAGUAUUUAUAUUCAUUAAGGAAAACUAGGAAAGGAAAAAAAAAAAGAAAACUGCUUCAGGCUCUCUUCUCUGUUCCAGCUGGAUCCCAUGGAAACCUGCAACUUUCCAGAGAUGCUUCAUUUUUGUAUGAAAAUGUUCAAUUACUAAAAAGGCUGCAUCAGUGUCUCCUGUCAGUGUCUUACACAGUACAUAGAUUUAUAUAUGCACACAGAAAAGAAAAUACCUUACAACAUAAAUUAAAGUUCAAUGACAUUGAACAUAAAUUUCAUUUGGCUGAACACAGGUGUCUACAAUUGAACUUGUCAUCCAGGCUCCUGCAUGAUCAGUCAAAAAAACAAAAGCACUUCUACAGCAGAUUACUAAUGCCCUAACAUACAUUUCUAAAACUGAUUGUGGUGAACCAUUUCUAGUAAGUAAAUAAGUAAAUAAGUGCCUAUUCCUUGCCACUGACUGCAAA